UUCACAUUCUGUAUUACACGUCUUAUCCCUUGCAAGAGCAGAAUCCGACUGUCGGACCCAGAACAUUGUUUUAUGUCUGACCCUUCUUCCAAAAAGAUAUAUUAUAGAUUCUCUGAUAAACUACAGUCGCCUUAAAAUCUCUGUGGCAAUCUUCUCCUACAGCAGAUAUUUCAUAAUAACAGCAGGCUCAGGACAAAAUAAACAUGGGUAAGAUAGCGAUUGUCUCUAGAGAUGGCCGUGUGUGCUGUGAUUGGCUGAUGGACGCCCUUGCACCGGUCACUACCGAAUAUAGUUACAUCCCUAGUGGCGGUUCAACAAACCUCAGAGAUGCAGUGGGUAGCUGCUCGCUUGUCAUUUUGUAUCACACCAAGACAAGAGGAAGAAUAAAUGUUACUGAUGUGACAGACUCUCUGUAUGAUAAAGAACUGAAGGAAUUAUCAGAUGUGCUUGGUAAAACCAGAGUUAUAGUGGUGAUUGAUGACCUGGAAGACAGCAGCUACUCAGAGAAGAUCAGGAUACUCAACAACCAGCCCAGCAUCGGGAGACUGGCCAAGGAGCUGUUUCUUUUUAGUACUCAGGAGAAGAAGGCGUAUACUAAAAAUACAAGAGAAACAGAAUCAGCUGCUUCUGCACACAAGAAGAUAACCAGCAUAAAGAACAGUGUUACAGUUCUUCCUUUGCCACCGGCAAACGUAGGAGGAAACUUUCAGAAACGUAUUUGUCUAAUCAUCACAGUUACAGCUGUAAUCAUCUUGCUUGUCGUUCUCUGCGUCACAUUAAGUAAUAGAGAAAAUCAUCCUGCAAGCACUACUGCAGUUCCUUAUUUCAGCUCCACCAGUCCUGGAAAUUAUACCCCCAGUCCAGUAAAUACUUCCAAUACAUGAAAAAUGUUCCUCUGCCCAGGAAAUACUACCCCAAUACACUCUCCAGGAAAUGCUGUGCUCUCCAUUGGAAAUACCACAUUAUCUUCUGGAAUUGCUACUUUGCUAAGAAAGAGAGAUUUCCUAUAGAUUUUAUAUUCGUCCUUUUCUAAGUGCUGAAACUACUAAACAACUAAUCAAUUCCCUAGUAAUUUCCCGGCUUGACUACUGUAAUACUAACCGGCCUCCAUCUUCAUGCCUCUGCUAGGCUAAUCCACAUCUCCUGAUGCUCUGUAUCUGCUUAACCCCUCUGUGAGUCCCUUCACUGGCUCCCCAUUCAGAGUGAGAAUUAAGUUCAAGAUUCUCACUCUGACCUACAAAGCCCUUACCAAUGCAGCCCCCCCCCAUACCUGUCUUCACUCAUCAACAAAUAUACUCCAGCAUGCCCCCUAAAAUCCAACAAUGAUCUACUCCUUGCAUCUUCUACCAUCACCUCCUCUCAUGCUAGACUACAGGACUUCUCUCAUGCGGCACCAACCCUUUGGAAUGCACUUCCUCGAGCUGUCAGACUUUCCCCCAACCUCUUCUCCUUUAAAUGCUUCCUAAAGAUCUUCUUGUUGAGGGAAUUCUAUCACCAAAUCAGUAACUGAUGAAUUCCACUUGCCUAAUAGUUGCCCUCAUCUAACUUCACACUAACAUCAUUCCCACCUUUGCAGUCCCCACCUCCUGUUUCUCAUCCUCCAACCCAUCUAGAUUGUAAGUUCCCACGGAAACAGGGCCCCCAAUUCCCCCUGUAUUUGUUUGUUAAAUUUUGUCUGGUGUCUCAUAUUGUACAGUACUUUUAUUUUUGUUACCCAUGGACUGCUCUGCGGAAUCUGUUGGCGCUUUAUAAAUAAAGAAUAAUAAUAAUAAUAAUAA